CCGCAGGCCUGCUGCGCCCGGACCCUAGAUGCACCUGUUUGCAGAGCGGAGUGUCUGCCUUUGUCGCACCCAUGCACAAAGGAUGCCACGGACUGGAAGUGCCCUUCCUGCAGAGCCAGCCGUGCCCUGGCUAGCCCCCAGUGCCCAGCCUAUCGCUGUCCGAGGAGGAAGACAGCCCAGGCCAAGAGUGCACCCUGGACGGCUGCCUCUGAUCCCCUGGCCGAGCAGAAGGGUGCUGUCGCCGCCCUGAGAAGCCGGCUGGCCUGGUCCUGCCUGUCUGCAAGAUGUGGGCGUCCCUCGUGCUCCUGUGGCUCGCCUGCUUGUCCCUGACUGAAGGCCACGUGGUGUCCACUGCUGCUCGGACCUUAGUCCGACGAGAGAUCUCAGGGGAAGCAGAUCCAGAGGGCAGUAACAAAAUGUCAGCUAACAACACUGCGGUUACGCCAGCUCCUGGCAUGAUGACCACAGGGACCUCAGUGGCCAGCCACACCUCCACGGAAGUCACAGCAGGGACAGCAAACAGCUCACACACAGCUGCUUCGGCUUCUACACGGGACACAACAAGGACCAUGACGACAGUGAUGGCGACAAUGCCGAUAACAGGCCGGGUGGCCUCCGUAGCUCCCUCGUCCACGACGUCCAGGCUCACGACCCCGGGGCCCACGACCCCUGGGCCCAUGUCUGUGUGGACAACCCCACCCGUCACUUCCACUGGGCUUCCGCCCUCCAGUACAGCUGUUGCUCAGGUGCCAAACAGCAUGCUGCCCAGCACGGCCCCGCCAGCAGCACCGGCUACACAUGCCCUUUCCACUGCUGUGACCUCUACAGACAUGAGCCGUCCCAUGGGCAGCCCUGGGAAUGGCACAGCCAGUCCCCAAGCACAAGGCCCCACAUCCCCACAGCCCACCCCCACGCCCUCACCCACGGCACCUAGGCCCACCCCCACGCCCUCACCCACGGCCCCGGAGUCCACCCCCACACCCUCACCUACGACCCCGGAGCCCACCCCCACUCCCUCACCCACGACCCCGGAGCCCACCCCCACUCCCUCACCCACGACCCUGGAGCCCACGCCCACUCCCACUCCCUCACCCACGACCCCAGAGCCCACCCCCACUCCCACCAGCUCUUCUUUGCUGCCUUCUACAGCAGUGACAACCACCAAGCCACACAGCAAGGAGCCAACCAGCGGUGCUGUUCCAGCACCUAGCACCCAGCUGACCCCUCAGGUGCAGACCACACCCCCCCACCCCACAUCGCCUGGUGGGCCAGCCACCGCUCGGACGUCAGAGCAGGUGGAGACUAAAGCCACGGCCAGUUCCAGCUCCAGCUCAGGGGUCUCACCGCCACUGCCGGCCACAGACUCAUGCCCACCCAGCACGCGGGGCCCAUACUUGGUGGUCACCACGAGGCCGCUGACCCCUUUGCCCGUCAACAAAGCCAUCCUACUGGUGGUGCUCAUGCUGGGUGUGGCCCUGUUUGUCUCCGUCCUGGUCCUGUUUGCCCUGCAGGCCUACGAGAGCUACCGGAAGAAGGACUACACGCAGGUGGACUACCUGAUCAACGGCAUGUAUGCUGACUCAGAGAUGUGAGAAGCCGGGGCCGUGGCUGCACGACGUGCCGCCCAGAAUCCCGAGCUGC